UAUGGCAGCCCCCAUACAAAAAUUAGCUAGUUUUGCUAGAAAUGUUUUUAGCAGAAUGAAUAGCGAUGUUAACUUCCACGACAAACUUAAACACCUCAGAACAAUGAUUAACGGUAUAUCCGCCAAAGAUGUUGGUUUUGAUAUUGAAGAUUUGAAGAAAUCGGAAACAUACGGCAGAGACGAAGUUGCCCCCGUCACCUACGUUCAUUUAUGGGAGGAUGAAACCUUUUCGAUGGGGAUUUUUGUUGUGAAGCCCGGUGGUCGACUACCGCUUCAUGAUCAUCCCGACAUGUAUGGUUUUUGUAAAGUCAUUCACGGUGAAAUGAUGGUGCGAAGCUUCAAUGUUAUUAAAACCUCAGAACAAACAGAAAUGCCUUAUGAAAUAAAAUCAAAAUUAAAACUUUGGCAAAUGCCACAGACCAAACAAGUGAAACUGAAUACAGAGUCAUUGGUGGCAGAUAAUGAUGAGUGUUGUGUGCUGAAUCCGGCAAUUGGUAACAUACACGAAAUAAAACCUGUUAAUGGAACUACAGCAUUUUUAGACAUUUUAGCACCCCCGUAUGAUCACCAGCAGAUGGGAUUACAUGAGUGCCAUUACUAUGAAGAUUUGUCAUGCGGUUCUGGAGACUUGAGAUGGUUAUCACUAAUAAAUCAGCCUUCAGAUUUCUGGUGUGAUGCCUUAGAAUACGAGGGUCCGAAAAUAGACUUGCCUCCCUUGUCACCUAAAUCUAGUAGAAAAUGAAUCAAAAUGUGUCUCUUGUAAUCUUGUGAGAUAAAAUAGACUAAAUUACAAACACAAAGUUCAAGAUGUCAGCUGUUAAUUACCACAAUAACCACACAAUCAAUUAGACAUAAUUUAUUUUAAAAUUUUAAAUAUAUGCGCUUUAUUUAAAUAUAAAUAUACCGGUAUGCAUCUUAUUUAAGCUUACAUAUGCUCAAUAAUGCGCAAGCUAAAUUAUUUAACUUAUACAUUUUACCUAUAUUAUAGAGGUAAAUUUAGGGUAUGAGUAAGGGGGUAACCCAUACUCAAAACACCCCAAACAUUUAUUACCAGCUUAAAUUUCAGAAAUGGUAGAAUUUAGAAAACAUUUACCACAAACAAAAGAAAUAGAAAGCAAUCCCAGACAAAUAUUUAUAUAAAAUAUGAAAUUAAAAGGGUUUUAACAGCCUACUGGUCUGUACUGACUACGCUAAUGAAAAUGGUUAAUAAAAUAUACCAAACCUAUGAGUAUGAAAACAUAUAGUACCGGUAAUAUCCAAAAUGUUUUAUGUAAAAACAUUCUGAUUGACAUAACUGAAGUUUUUCAACUCCACUCUAAAUGGGUUACACAUUUAAAGCUACGCUCCCAGAAAAGUAUUUUAUCGGGUGGUUAUCUCCAAUAAAAGUAUGGCAAUUUUGGUAUAUCGAAAGUAGAAAUAUCCAAUCUUACUAGAAAAAUACUGGAUUCCCUGAAAAACACUCAUGGAGCGCAUACAGGACAAAAAUGUACGGGUUUCCCUAAUCGACAGCCCUACGAUUAGGAGUGUCUGCACAAGUGACGUCGAAGGUUGCACACAGAGAUUGAGCGCUUGAUGUACAUGUUGAUAAACUUUAUGAAGAGUUAGAUGUACAACACUUUCUGAGAUAAAAAUCACAGAAAAAGACAUGAGCAGUGGAUAAUCCGAGAAUUUAAUUAGGCUUCGAUAUUUGUAAUAAAUAGUCAGCGAUAAAGGCAACAUCGUCUUUUGUAUGCAAUGAAUUCUCCUCCGACAUCACACCUGUUGUGUCACAUGACACAAACAUGACCUCUUUUGAUCGAGUUUUUAUAGCCGGGUAUUGCCUGACAAUUGCAAUGUUUUGAGAAGGAUUUGAAGCAAAAUUAUGAUAAAUUAAUUAGUUUGAAAAUGUUUUUAGUCCAAAUAUAUCAUCAAAUCACCCAGUUUGUACCCGGGAAUGUAUCUUUAAUCAUCUCAAAAUUGUCCAAAUACUUGUCAAAGAUCACUUUAUAUUCAUAAAUUUUUGUAAUUGUGUUUAAAAUACACAUCUACAUCUAUUAUUUCUGAAACAUUAAAUAGUGACAGUAAUGUGGGGUUAUUUUGGGGUUGGUGGCUGGGUUACACCCUUUUGUCAUAUCCAUAAAUUUUAUAUAAUUUAGCUUUGAUGUUACUCUUUAACACUAAAUGCAAUGUGUGCUGUGAUGAAUUAUAUGAAUAAUAACAUUGCAUUACAAACUUCUUCCUUUUUUAGCCUUUGUACUGUUUGCAUAAUUUAUGUCAAUUUUUGAAUAACUUUGCUUCUGUUAAUUUAUUGUUUAUAUUCAUUUUGUCUGGCCAGCAAACUGAUUUCAUUUGAUACUAGUACAUUUUCAUACAAAUCAUAAUUUAUAUAUAUGCUUAAUACUUAGACUAUGGAUCUCAAUGUUCAUGAAUGAUAACAUGUUCCUCAACCUGAAACCCAAGUAAUAUAAUUUUAUCAUUGACCAAUGAAAUGGAGUUUAAAGUCUCCUACAUUUCUUGGCUACUCUUUAUCUUAUUCCAAAGGUUCAUUUAUGUGAACGUCAAUUUGUCCAUCUGAAUGAGGGAGCCUCAGUGGGUAGGACGUUGCCUCGCUAACCUGGAGAUCCCGUGUUGGCCAAUAAAGUUCAUCAGGAUUUUCCGGCGUGGUUCCCCCUUGUCAGUGGCGUGCAUGUCAAAGAACCCUUGACAGUUGAAAUUUGAAAUAAGAAUAGGCCAUACAUGUAGAUGUAGCACUGCUGUCCGGGCAAAAUUUCCCUCAUAGCACACUGCAUGAAGCAUGCCCGUUUUUAUUAGCCCAGUAGGACAUUAAACCCCAUUUCAUUUCCAUUUGAAUGAAUAGACACUGUUCCUUGCCGGGCUCUCCAUCUUGCACCACUCAACACUUUUCCAGACUGGAAAGUCCUGAGGAACUUUGUGUCUAUAAUUUUAUAUUUCCUGGUCAUUAGAAAUAUCAUAAUAAAAGUUUUUAGGGUCAAACAGAUGAUAAAUAUAAUUGAAGGUACAUACCAUACAUACCUUUGUGUACACGAAUGUAGAAUUGUGCAUGAAUCGUGUGGAACAAAGGAAAGACAAUGCACAGUAGACAGUGUUGAUAUGUUUACAUCCCAGACAAUCACAUAAUAAUGUCAAUGCUAAAAAAAUAAUAAUAGCACCAGGUUUUUAAGGAGCAGUCCCAUUUAUUUAUUUGUUUUGUGAAAAAGUUGGUUUAUUCGGUUUUAAUGAGUUUGGCACAACUAUCGGAAGCUCUGUGAUAUGUUCUCAGUAGUGUUAUUCCCUGGAUAACCAUUAACCAUAUACCGAUAUUAUUUGCCAUAUUUAAAGUGCUAAGGGAUUGCCACGAUUAUCGAAUCACUCAUACAAUUGAAGAUCCUUAAAUUUUUGUACAUGGAAAAUAGGCUGUAUCAUCACAUUUUUGUAUUUAAUUUACUUAAUUAAAUUCACCAUCAUUUACUGUGUCCUAUAAUUUUGAGACUUCUGCUACGAGUGACAAAAUUCUCAAAAUAUAUGUAAACUAUACAAUACUAUAUAGUAUGAAAAUGUGCUGCCAACAUAGAGUCUGUAUCUGGUGACAUUGAUUAAAGGUACGGACAUCAUUUGUAUUGCUUUCUUGACAGAUAUGGAGAUCCGAUUUUCCUGUCAUGGUGAUCACUGAACUUCUAGCUUACUGGCAUAUGCCAAUUUAUAGCAUAAUGUAGUUUAUUCAAUUGGUUGUGAUUAAUGAUCUCCAUUAAUGCUGAAAUUAAAUUACAUUGCAUUCUAGCUUACAUUCUAGCUUACUGGCAUAUGCCAAUUUAUAGCAUAAUGUAGCUUAUUCAAUUGGUUGUGAUUAAUGAUCUUCAUUAAUGCUGAAAUUAAAUUACAUUGCAUAUAGUUCUGAUUAUCUUAAAGAUGUAUUAUCUAAGAUUUAGAUAAAGAGUUGGCCAUUGUUGCUAUACAAGCUCAAAAAUAGAUAAUGAGAAAUGAAUAGAUUGAAAAAAUUUUUGGGUUUGUUAAAAUACUUUAUUCUGAGCGAAGUUAUUAGUCUUUUAAAUUUUUGACAUGAUAAUCUCGAUUGUCAAGUACCAGAAAAUAAAGUCUCAAUUAUCCAUUUAAUUGUCAAAUUAUUAAAUUGCCAGGGGGUACUAAACCAUUCAAUAUCAUGGCCAUUCCAUUGCCUAGAGGAUUAAAGUUGAUUAUGGGUUUGUCAUGUGCAUAAAUGUCUAAAUAAUAAUUUAUAUAACAUUUGGAGCUAGAAAAAAGACCUUGCAAAUAGGCAGAUUUAUCUCUUAUAUAAAUGCGUCUUUAAUAAAAGGCCUGCUGCACCACAUAUACAUGCAACUGCAAAUGCACAACCUUUGGAGUUACCCUAAUACUAACCAGUUAGCACCUACUGGCACCAGUUUUCACCACUCGUAAAAGUGUGCAGAUCAUCUUAAUUGUUACUGCAUGUAUGUAUUAUUAUAAUUGGUUCAAGUAUAUGGUUUAUUAUUUGAUUCCUGUAUCUAGUUUACUACACCUGACAGUUGUAAAUUGAAAUAAGAUUAGGUGGUAGCUUCUCUGUUUGAGCAAAAUUUCCCUCAUAGCACACUGCAAGGUGUGUGCUUGCUUUUAUUAGCCCAGUUGGUGUAGAAAAGCAAGACUUUAAACCCAAUUUUCAUAAAACAAUGCUUUAGAAUUUUAUUGACAUUGAAGUCACCCCACCCUCCUUACUUCAAAAGUCUUGUUUAGGAGUAGAAUUUUGCUAAAUGGUUUGUAAGCUGAUCAGCCCACCCAGAUAACGUGAUAGCUGCUGCCCAGAUAACAUGAUAGCCGCUGGGCAAAAAUUGUCCUUGUGAUCAACCUUAUUUUGUUUUGUUAAGUUUGAAUUAUAAAAUUAUGUAAUAAUUUAUGUUUGUAGGUAAUUUCAUAUGUAUUAUUCUGUAUAUUUUAAUCUAUUUUAUUUCUAUGUCAAAUUUAGUAAUAAGUAUAAAGAUUUAUAAAUAUAAACAUUAUGUAUAUAUGUGUAUAUUUCAAAAGAUUGUGAUACC